AUGACCUCGCCUUCUUUGGAUGGAUCAUAUGCACUUUCGUUCGACUACCUCACUCAAGUGCCUAACUCUACCUUGAUCUUGGAGAUACAAGAUAUCAGUGGACCUAGCUUCCAUCCAAUCCACUCAGCCUUGUCUAGCGCUUGCUAUUCGCUUUUCUAUAAUACUCAGCCGAGUCGAACGUGUGCAUAUUGGCUUGCCGAGAUACACAUAGCUUUUUUGAUGCGCGGCGAGAAUUUGACGUGGGCAAGGGACGAUCUUUGCAAGACCUUACGCAACCGCUUGAACGAGCAAAUACACGACAUCCGCUCUGAAGUACCCAUUGAGGUUCGAAACUUGACUGUUGUUGCUUUUUAUCUACACCAGAAAAUCUGGGUUCAAAGAGCGGGGGAAUCUUUGAAGCCUGUUAUCGACACGGGGGCAUUUGAAGAAGCUUUCUUGGAAGCAUUGAUUCCUAUUGGAAAGAGAAUUGAUGAGUACGAUGGUCUUCAGCAAUGGCAGAUGAAAGUCACCAUACCGUCAUUACAAGGGCUUCUUGCAACUGCAGUCGGAACCCCUAACAACCUUGUAUGCAUGUUCAGACAGGCAUGCUAUGUUUACUCUCCUGACAUCUAG